GAAUGUCAAAAUUCUGGAAGCCGGGAACAGAGAAACCUCGAUUCGUCGAGGAUGAUGAAGGCGGCGUUUUGUUCUUCACCUCCGCUUCAUCUUCUUCCUCAGGGCACGGGUACGCGAGUGUGGAGAGACAGAGGCAGAGGCUCCCAGUGUACAAGAACAGGACUGCCAUUUUGUAUUUAGUGGAGACGCACGCCACCACAAUCGUCGUCGGAGAAACUGGCAGUGGAAAAACUACUCAAAUCCCUCAGUUCUUGAAAGAAGCUGGAUGGGCGGACAGUGGACGGAUGAUAGCCUGCACGCAGCCAAGGCGAUUGGCAGUUCAGUCAGUCGCUUCAAGGGUUGCGGAAGAGAUGGGCGUUAAACUUGGGGAAGAAGUUGGUUACACAAUUCGCUUUGAAGAUAUUACAGAUGCUGAACUAACACGGAUAAAAUUUCUCACUGAUGGAGUCUUGCUAAGGGAAAUGAUGGAUGAUCCUCUAUUAAGCAAGUAUAGUGUUAUCAUGGUAGAUGAAGCUCAUGAACGGUCUCUUUCAACCGACAUUUUGUUAGGUCUCCUGAAAAAGAUUCAACGGCGUCGGCCUGAGCUUCGACUCAUCAUCUCAUCUGCUACAAUUGAGGCUAAAUCAAUGGCUGCCUUCUUUAAUAGCAGCCGAAGGCUUCAAGGACGAGAUGUUGAAGGACAUGGACCAAAGAAAGAGUCCGCCAUUCUCUCUGUCGAGGGUAGAGGAUUCAAUGUGCAAACCUCUUAUGUUGAGGAGCCGGUUUCAAAUUAUAUUCGAGCUGCAGUUUCGACCAUACUUUCUAUUCAUGACCAGGAGCCAAUGGGAGACAUUCUUGUAUUUCUUACUGGUAAAGAUGAUAUUGAUGCUGCAAUGCAGUUGCUUGCAGAAGAUUCUCACCACAGAAACCAAGGACUGAUUGUUUUACCUCUGUAUUCUGGACUGCCGCGUGCUGAUCAGGAUCUUGUGUUUUCUCCAACUCCUCGCGGGAAGAGAAAAGUGAUAAUAUCAACAAAUAUAGCAGAGACAUCCUUAACAUUGGAGGGCGUUGUCUAUGUUGUUGACUGUGGGUUCUCAAAACAACGGUUCUAUAAUCCUAUAACUGAUAUUGAAAAUCUGGUCGUGGCUCCAAUAUCAAGGGCUUCAGCCCGACAACGGGCUGGAAGGGCUGGGAGAGUUAGACCAGGAAAGUGUUACAGGCUCUACACUGAAGAAUAUUAUGUAAAUGAGAUGUCUUCUGAUGGUGUUCCGGAGAUACAGAGGUCAAACCUUGUUUCGUGUGUUAUUCAGUUAAAAGCAUUAGGGAUAGACAAUAUUUUGGGAUUUGACUGGCCAUCAUCACCAUCGCCUGAAGCACUGAUCAGAGCACUUGAAGUGUUGUAUUCUCUUGGAGUUAUUGAUGAAGAUGCAAAACUUACAUCUCCUACUGGAUUCCAAAUUGCUGAAAUUCCACUAGAUCCGAUGGUUUCAAAAAUGAUUUUAGCUUCAAAUGAUUUAGGCUGUUCUGAAGAAGCCAUCACUAUUGCUGCUGUGUUGUCCUUACAGUCGAUCUGGUAUUCAACCAGGGGAUCAGAAAAGGAAUUGGAUGAGGCCAAAUUGAGAUUUGCUGCUGCUGAGGGUGACCAUGUUACCUUCUUAAAUGUAUAUAGAGGAUAUGUUGAGUCUAAUAAAUCUUCGAGUUGGUGUCACAGGAACCACAUAAACUACCAUGCAAUGAAAAAAGUUGACGACGUUCGAAAACAGUUGAGAAGAAUAGCACAACGUUUGGGCAUAUCCCUUAAAUCUUGUGACGACAAUAUGCAGGCAGUGAGGAAGGCAGUUACUGCUGGUUUUUUCUCUAACGCUUGUCGCAUAGAAGCCUUCAGCCAUAACGGCGCAUACAAAACUAUACGAGGUUCACAAGAAGUCUAUAUUCACCCUUCGUCUGUAUUAUUCAGAGUGAAUCCAAAGUGGGUGAUCUACCAUUCUAUUGUCUCGACUGAGCGUCAGUACAUGCGCAAUGUCAUCACUAUAGAACCCUCGUGGCUGCCAGAGGCUGCUCCACACUUCUACCACCGCCAACAGCUUGAUCCUAGAUUGCAUUCCUAGUGUUCCUUUGACAGUUAACCUUAUGCCUGAUCUGUGCUCCUUUCGGUUGCUCACUCCCGCCAUUUGCGAUGGUCUGCCUGAAGAUGUAUGCAUCGCGCCUCAGUGAAAGAGCUUAGAUAAACCUCAUGCAAACUUGUUUCGUCGCAGACCUCUGUGAGAUUGCUAACUCGGAGCGGAAGAGGCAGAGUGACAGAGUGCUGAUUCCUUGAGGUGGUGGUGCUGUUACUUAGUCGGAUUACCUUUACAAUUCAUCAAAAUCAGGAGUGUCAUCAUCGUCACAGUGAAAUCAAAUGUAUUAGGUGGAAUGGAGUAUCAAAUGUGAGUUGGUAUCAGUCAAUUUCUCCAAAAUGAUUAAAAAAGUUAUAUUCGGGUUUCAAGUCUAUCUUGAUUCUAUGUAAGAAUGAGCAUGCGCGUCACUGCUUACCCAUUCAUAUUUUUACUCUAUUGAUCCACAAAAAGUAAGUCA